GAGGACGAGGCGCGAGGGGACCCGAGAAGGAGGCGCGAGGGUCACGGUACGAGUCGUGCUCGCCCAAUCGCGGGGAAUGGCGCUGGAAGCUGCAUGCUUGCUCGGUGAAGCAUGGUCCAGAGAACUGAGGGGGUGCGACGAACAUGCGGACGAAGGGAGCGACCGAUUCCAUGGGCAGACGCACCGGCUCGUCUGCGCUGCGUAAUACUAACUCAGAAGCACCUGGGGUGGCGCGUCGGGGGAUUUCGAGAUGUCGGGAGCUUCGCGAGCCAAGCAGCGGAUGUGGCGGGCGCGUCGGGACCGAGAGGAGCUUCGAGAUCGCGCACGGGUUCGCAGGCGGUCCUUGUGCCGCCGAGUAUACCUCGCGCCUGGCGCGCCAUUCGGGAUCCCUGCUAUCCGCGCCUGGUGCGCAGCCAUUUUUUGUGCUCGAUUUCGACGACGUCUCGCCUCUUUCUCUGCCGAUGGGUUCUACUCGAGCACGAUCUCUCUGGCCUUCACCCCGCCUUCGUCAACCUGGUCCCAACAUUCAUUGCUGAAACUUCAUUGGGGAAGGGACGUACCCGUCGAUGAAGGCGCCCGUCAGACUCUGGACGCAUACGCUGCUGUUGGGUGGACAAGUCUACUGCUGCUGCUGCUGCUGGAACGAUAGAC